AUGAGCCGGCGGCGGGAGCACUUCCGGGGCAGGGCCCAGCUGUCAGGACCCUGGGCCGCAGACAUGGAGCUGGAGCGGAUGGCCCUGCCCCCCCGGGGGCCCCUGGAUCUGCCCCUGUCACUGCUGGAGCUGGGCUGUGGGGGGCGCUUUGAGCUGCUGGAGGGGCAUAACCCUGGCUUGGACCCCCUCUCCACGCUGCCCUGGGGGCUGCCCCCCCACGCCCCUGACUUGGCCGCGGAACUGGAGCGGCGCUUCCUGGCCUCCCCUGAUUGGCUGCCCCUGCACCACUUUGAGCGUGCCCACAGGUUCUGGGCGCGGGAGCCGGAGCCCCGGGCGCUGUUCGGGCUAGAGCCCACCCCUGCCCACUCAGAGCUGCGGGCUCAGCGGGACCCGGCCACGGGCCGUGUGCUGGGCUUUGCCGAGGCCGUGCUGGAUACCCCUGGGCUGUCAGCCAAGAACUCCCUGUCCCUGCGGCGUGCGCCUGGUCCCCCCGCCGAGGCUCUCCGGGGCAGCUCCACCAACUUCCCCUUCUGGCCAGGUGGAUUGGAUGAGCCUGGCCUGGACCAGAUCAGUGCCCGAGGGGACCAGGAGGAAGAUGUGGACUUUGAGCGUGACCUGCUGACAGUGCCCCCCGGCUGGCAGCGCGGUGUGGACUUCCAGCCCACAGCUGCCAGCUCUGCCCCGGGGCUGCUGGCCCUGCCUGGCCUCCUGGAGGCGCUGGACACCUGGGACCUGGGGGGCUUGGUUGAUGAGGCUGGGGGGGCGGAGGAGCAGCCCAAGGGGGCCAAGGAUGCUCCCAGCCCCACCCCCAGCCCUCGCCUAGCCCGCACUGACAGCCUGGAGGAGCUGGUGAUGAAGAAGGUGACCCCGAAGUCCAGCACUGCCCCCCCAGCCCCUGUGCAGCCCCCUCGGGAGCAGCAGUGGGCUGUAGCCGUGGAUGUCUCUGCGCCCGUGGAUGACUUCUACAAGCGUGUCCCUGACCCUGCCUUCCGGUGGGCGUUCGAGCCGGAUGCCUUCCAGAAGCAGGCCAUCCUGCACCUGGAGCAGCACCACUCCGUCUUCGUAGCUGCCCACACCUCAGCCGGCAAGACUGUGGUGGCCGAGUAUGCCAUUGCCUUGGCCCAGCGCCACAUGACACGGACCAUCUAUACGUCACCCAUCAAGGCUCUGUCCAAUCAGAAGUUCCGGGACUUCAAGACAACUUUCGGAGAUGUGGGGCUGCUCACAGGGGACGUCCAGCUGCACCCCGAGGCCUCCUGCCUCAUCAUGACCACCGAGAUCCUGCGAUCAAUGCUGUACAACGGGUCAGACGCCAUCCGGGACCUGGAGUGGGUGAUCUUUGAUGAGGUUCAUUACAUUAAUGAUGCUGAGCGUGGGGUGGUUUGGGAGGAGGUCCUCAUCAUGCUGCCUGAGCAUGUCAACAUCAUCCUGCUCAGCGCCACUGUCCCCAACACCCUCGAGUUCGCCGACUGGGUCGGGCGGAUCAAGCAGAAGCAGAUCUUUGUGAUCAGCACGCGGCGCCGCCCUGUGCCCCUGGAGCACUUCCUCUACACGGGCAACAGCCCGCGCACCCAGGACCAGCUCUUCUUGUUGCUUGAUGCCCGUGGCACCUUCCUCACCCAGGGGUACUAUGCGGCAUUGGAGGCCAAGAAGGAGCGCACCAGCAAGCAUGCCCAGACCUUUGGCGCCCGGCAGCCCACGCACCAGACCACCGGGCCCGGGCAGGACAAGAACGUGUGGCUGUCGCUGCUGAGCCUGCUGCGGCGCCGGGACCAGCUGCCCGUGGUGGCCUUCACGUUCUCGCGGAACCGGUGCGACGAGCACGCCUCCAUGCUGACCACGGCUGACCUCACCACGGGCGCCGAGAAGAGCGAAAUCCACGUUUUCUUCCACAAGUGCAUCUCCCGCCUCAAGGGCACUGACCGCCAGCUCCCCCAGGUGCUGCACAUGGUAGAGCUGCUGAAGAGAGGCAUCGGGGUGCACCACAGCGGCAUCCUGCCCAUCCUCAAGGAGGUUGUGGAGAUGCUCUUCAGCCGGGGGCUGGUCAAGGUGCUGUUUGCCACUGAGACCUUCGCCAUGGGCGUGAACAUGCCAGCCCGCACGGUUGUAUUUGACUCCAUCCGCAAGCACGACGGGUCCUGCUUCCGUGACCUGCUGCCCGGCGAGUACAUCCAGAUGGCCGGGCGGGCUGGGCGCCGGGGGCUGGACACCACAGGCAUGGUCAUCAUCCUGUGCAAGGGCCAGGUGCCUGAGAUGGCUGACCUCCACAAGAUGAUGCUGGGCCGUGCGCUGGCGCUGGAGUCACGCUUCCGUCUGACCUAUGGCAUGAUCCUAAAUCUCCUGCGGGCCCGGGGACUGCGGGUUGAGGAUGUCAUGCGCCGCAGCUUCUCCGAGUUUCACACCCGCCGCCAUGCGCAGACCCAUGAGCAGCGGGUGACAGAGCUGCGGCAGGCGCUGGAGGCCAUGGAGCCAGUGGAGACAACAGGGGACCUGGCUGACCUGCCCCAGUACUAUGACUCUGUGCAGGAGCUGCGCCAGGCCCGGCAACUGCUGCAGAGGAAGGUGCUGGAGUCGGCAGCCGGGCUGAAAGCACUGAGCCCCGGGCGUGUGGUUGUCGUCUGUAACAGUGUGCACCGCAAUGCCCUGGGCCUGGUCCUGCAGGUCUCGACAGAUGCAGGCGCCCGCAGCUUCACCGCUCUGGUGCUGUGUGACGUGCCCCCUGAGGAUGGGACCCCAGCGGAGGGCACCAACCCCCCCAGCCCUGUGGCUGAGGCUGAAGCCCCCCUGCCUGAGGAUCUGCUACUCACCAAGCUCUUUCUCCCAGAAGGCCGGGCAGGACACGUGGUGCAGCAGCUGGGUCCGGGUGACAUAGCGGCCGUGACAGCCAAGACACUGCGGAUCAGUGCUGAGCGCAUCCUUGAGGACAGCCGACGGCGCCAGACCCCCCGCUACAGGAAAGACCCCCCAGCGGCGGCAGCAGUGACAGCAGCACAGGAGCUGCUGCGGCUGGCAGAAGGGGCCGCUAGCGGGGGGUUGCCCCCAUUGGACCCUGUCAAUGCCCUGCAGCUGAAGGAGCCGGCUGUGGUGGAGGCGGCCACCCAUGCCCGGCGCCUCGAGGCUGCACUGCCUGGCUUCCACUGUCCACACAGCCCCCGCUUUCCCCGCCAGUAUGCAGUGCUGGCACGGCGGCGGGCAGCUGAGGCAGAGCUGGAGCAGCUGCAGUUCCUGCUGUCUGACCAGUCCCUGCUGCUGCUGCCCCAGUACCACCAGCGGCUGGAGGUGCUACGGACGCUGGGCUAUGUGGAGCCAGGGGGGGCGGUGGGGCUAGCGGGCCGUGUGGCCUGUGCCAUGAGCAGCCAGGAGCUGGUGCUGACUGAGCUGGUGCUGGACAACGCGCUGACCCCGCUGCAGCCUGAGGAGGCAGCCGCCCUGCUCAGCUGCAUCGCCUGCCCCCAGCCUGCCACUGCUGAGCUCCAGCUCACCCCCGGCCUGCGCCAGGGCCUGGAGCGGCUGCGGGCAGUGGCGGAGCGUGUGGGGCAGCUGCAGGAGGCCUGCGGGGUGCCCGAGCCCCUUGACGACUUUGUGGCACAGUUCGGGCCUGGCCUCAUGGAGGUUGUCUACGAGUGGGCGCGUGGCAUGCCGUUUGUGGAGCUGGCGCGCCUGUCAGCGGUGCAGGAGGGGGCCGUGGUGCGUGGGAUCCAGCGCUUGGCUGAGACCUGCCGGGAUGUGCGUGGCGCUGCCCGUGUCGUUGGGGACCCUGCACUCGGUGCUAAGAUGGAGGCGGCUGCUGCUCUCAUCAAGCGUGACAUCGUCUUCGCUGCCAGCCUCUACACCCAGUGACCUCUGCCUUCUGGACUGUGACACUUAACCUCACCUUGAGUUCCCAUCUGAGACUCCCAACUUCAUGACUCCUGAGCUGUGAGCCCUGACCUCACUGUGACCUCUGAUUUGACCCAUGAUCUCUGAGAUUCUGCCCUUGCUGUCACCUCAAUGCUGACCUUCGACCUUGUGCCCCCUGACCUUGCCAUGAUCUCUGGUCCCAACUCAACUGUAAUUCCCAGUCUCUGACCCCUAACUCUGGCAGGACCAUCUGUCAGUGCAACUUCUGACCUUGGCAUGACCUCUUGUCUCAGUGUGACUUCCACCCCUGCUGUGAUCCCAUCUCUCUGACCUGUCACAACUGGAUUUCACUGGGAUCUCCAACCUCCGACCCUCCUGAUUUCACGACUACCACCCCACAACCUCUGACCUCAUUGUGACCCUAGCCCAUACCCUGACUUGCUUUCUCAGUUUUCUCUGUGACCCUAACCGUCAUGACCUGUGAUCUUCAACCUGACCCCAUGGUGUAGCAAUUGACUCCUGUCCCCAGUCCUAUACAUACCUUUUCUGAAUCCCCCCCUCUAGCCAAUCCCCCCCCCCCUGCAUCCGAGCUAUGACCCUGAUCUUACCACAAUGUCCAGCUCCUGGCCUUGCCAUGACUGCCAGCCUCUUGACCCCCACCCAGUCUUGCUGUGAUCCCUGACCUAUGCCCCCUGGACUUGCUGUGAACUUUCAAACCUGGGAUCUGCGACCCAAUCGUGCUCUCCUGCCCUGGGGACAGAACACCUCUGGCUUCAAAGAUCGUCUCAAAUCCUGGUGAGCUUUCAUCCCUGGACUUGAGUUAACAGCUCCCCUCUGACCUUUGCUGCCAAUCUCUACAUUCAGUGACCUCUGCCCCACUGUAAGCUCCAGUCUCUGACCCCCAUCUGGGGGAAAUAGACACCUUUGCUGCUCUCUGACCUCAGGGAAGGCCUUGAAUCCUGGUGACCUUUCACCCUUGGGCUGGGGUCAACAGUUCCAUUGUGAACGUUGAGGUCACUAGGGCAAGUUUUUUUCAUGAACUUUGAUCCCCUAGAAGCUUCUCAGUCUCGUGACUGUUGACCCUCCAUUGCGGUCAUAGGAGUGGGUUUGCCCUCUGACCUUUCAUCUCUGGACUUAUGGGGGAAGGAGCUAGGCAUGACCUUUGACCAGCUGCUUCUGGACCAAUAGGGGAGCAGCCCUCCUCCCCCCAUGGGGCUCCUGUGCCUGAGAACUCCCCCUGGUGGCAUCAUGGGGGGGGGGGGGGGGGGGGGGGGACUUGAGGGGGUCAGAACUGUGCCCCCCACCUACCUAGAAUAUCUGGGGCUAGCUACAGCCCAUAAUAAACCCCAUCCUGAAGCUGCUGCUGCUUGGUGCCUGACUGGUAUAUGGAGGUGGACAUUGACUGAUUGGUCCAGCUGCCUGAAGGUAGGACAGGAAACCCCACAACCUGCUUAAAACAAUGCCCAGUGGAAUGCCUUCCCUGCUGCUUGUGGCCAGAGCCUUGCCCCCCCCUGCCUCGGCUAUGGGGCAGAUACUUGAGGAAUGGGGUGCAUUGUACAUGGGUAAUUAUGGUACACCCAUCUCCAUCUUCUUCCCUACUCAGCUACUAAUCCCAGUGUCUAGCUAGUGGGGCUGGGAACCAAUCUGCAGCUUGUAGGGGCAGCAUCUUUGGAGUAAAGUCCCACUGUUCUUCCUGA